AUGCUCCGUGACUCGUACAACAAGAAGCGCAAGCGAGAGGAUGAAUUAUCUACUAACAAUCAACCAAAAGCACGCAUGAUGGACGCAGAGAGCACCAAAUCUAGCAAGAAACGGAAAACAGAGAAAGAGACCCUUCAAAUCUUGCCAGGAGAGAGUCUGGGGGAUUUCAAUCGUCGCGUAGAAGAUGCUAUGCGCGCCGACGUUCGAUCCGCUGUUCGUGCUGGACAAGCCAAUAUGAGACGACAAGAGGCGACCGAGAAAGCCGAACGUAAAGACAAACUCGAGAACCAGCCAUCACCAGUAGAGACAAACUCCACAGGAAAGGUGGUCACCAAGAAUGUACGGACGCAUCCCUCGACGUCCCAGCAACCAGGAGCGAAACCACGCAAGACUGACUUUGAAUCGUUGGACUCGCGCGCACCCAAACGACUAAACGAUAUAGCACAAGCGCCUCCAGACCUCUCGACGCUGACGGCAAAGGCAGACAAGCUUUUGGCCAAGGAUAAAAAGGGAGAAGCAUUUGGAAAGAAAGACGUUGUUCCACCGGAGCAACGGAGAAUGAUGGAGAUAGAGAGGGAAAAGGCGAUCAAGAGGUAUCGAGAGCUCAAGGAAAGAAAAGUGGCUCGCGGCGACAAAGGACUGAACCCAAGCUUGUCAAUGGACCAUACGUAG